CUUAAAAAAAAAAAAGUUAACUUGGUUUCUAGGUACAGAGAAGCCUUGAAAUGCUCUCAGCCCUGGAUUGAAUCCUCUAAGCGCUAGAGAUGUGCUGAUCUGGGCCAUUCCACCCCUUAGGGUACUUGCUUUCCCUGAGAGCCCCAAGGUAACCCUAGAGACAUCUGGUAGGGUUGUUCAUCUGCCCUAUCUAUGCCUACAGGCCUCCCACUUUAGCUGCUUUUUCAUCAGGAAGGGAACAUAACAACUGUUUUAUUUUUUUUUAAUGUUACAAAGAAAAACAUGCAGAUGAAUUAGCAGCUUUAGGUAAGGUACAUUAUUUGUGAGAUGCAUAUAUUUCUGAUGUUUGUAUAUUUCCAAUUUGUGAUUUUAUGUUACAAGUGUUAAAAAGAUAUAAAAGGGAAAUCAUUUGAUUGGUGUCUGACAGUUUUGAGGAAGUGACUGACUUGCCCUGACACUGAGCCAGUUCUGUAGCCCUAGCUUUGGAACUGGGUCAUUGUGGGGGAUGGCUCAAGGAGUCACUGAUGCUGAUUCCUGGAUCCAAAGUAGUGAUUUUUGUAGGGAGGUACCUGAUGUCAUUCAAGAGAUAGGUAUUUGUGUUUGAAAGUUGUAAGCUUCAGUUCUGUGCCAUGUGCACAUAAGAAAGCUCUCAUUUCCUGGUGAUGUUAAAUGAUAAUUGUUGUUCAUGUGACAAAUGUUUCCUAAGCACCUCCUGUGCAUUGGACCAUUCCAUGAACUGGGGAUACAGCACCAUGAGGAGGUAUUUGUAGUGGGGACACAGCACAUGUAUAAGAGAAUGUAAGGUUGUGAUCCUGGAAACAGAUAACUAAGCGCUACUAGGAUCCAGCUCCUCUGUGUAGGUCCACACCUCCAGUUCUGUCCUUGUGUGUGUCCUUUGCAUUCUCUUUAAACACCCUGUACUCUUGCUAGAGGCCUCCUCUCCUGCCUGUACACCUUGCCUGAGGUAGUUCUUGCCCAUGGAGAUUAAGUUGUGGGACCACUGAAUCUUGGGGUUGGGCCAGAUCUCAGUAUGUCCCUAGCCCAGCUCUUCAGUUACAUGGUUUCCUCCAUGGUAUCCCCAUUCUUUCUUCUGUUUGGUGGCCUUCAGGAGCUUUUCUUGCUGGACUAUUCUUCCCCAUGAGGAGGAGUCACUUCUGUAGAAAGCAAGUCCAAACUUAAGUGUUCACCACUUUUAUGACAUCACAUAUAUAUGGCUGAAGCUGGGCCUGUCCCCACUGUUUCUGUAGACAGCCUCCAGCUAAGGAACCUCGCCUCUGAGGUUUCACUCCUGACAGCAGGCACUGGCCCUGCCUUCUGGGGACCCUGAGCCCCUUCUGAGCCUGCUGCAGUGGAGUUUUGGGAGGGGAUACUCAUGUUAGCUGCGGAGUGCCUUUUGCUUGGACUUCACAGACACACGUGUGCACGUGUGUGUAUUGUGUGUGCGCACCCACACAUGCGCUUCUCUUCAUGUGUGGGAAAGAGGCAGAAAUCCGUAGUACUGGGUGUGCGUUCUCCCAUAGCUCCCCCUCCUGGCCCACCUGUAUCUUUCAGGCAGCUGAUUGGGGAUGCAGUUCCAAGUCUUUCCUAGUCUCUUUUCAGACUUCCUCCUCUACCACUCACUCUUGCCCCAGCUCUGCUCACUUUCCCAGCCAGCAGCUCCUAAGGCCUUCAGCCUCUGACUCCGCUUCUUCCUCCCUCUGCAUUCUCUUUGGUGCAUCUAGGAUAUUCUUUAUUGGGAGUGUGGGAAUAACUUUUAAUGUUGUUUUGUUUUAUUUUGUUUUACAAAUACCGCUGCCAGCAUUGAAUGCAAUUUUGGCCAAAAAACCUGCACACUCCUUUGCUACAUGGCAAAAGCUUUCAUAUCACCUAUUGUUGUUUGCUGUCAUCCCUGCAUUCUCUUUGAAAUAAAGAAACACACCAUCUUCUUUCUGUGGUUGAUAUCACAACAAAUCCCACAGUUUGAAGAUGUUAAAUUUGAAGCAGCAAGUCUUUUGUCUGAAUUAUACUGUCAAGAGAAUUCUGUCGAUGCAGCAAAGCCACUACUGAGGAAAGCAAUCCAGAUCUCCCAGCAGACGCCUUACUGGCACUGCCGCCUCCUCUUCCAGCUUGCUCAACUGCACACGCUUGAGAAGGACCUGGUGUCAGCCUGUGACCUCCUAGGCGUGGGAGCCGAGUAUGCACGGGUGGUGGGAUCUGAGUACACACGGGCGCUUUUCCUGCUCAGCAAAGGGAUGCUGCUGCUGAUGGAGCGCAAGUUGCAGGAAGUCCACCCGCUGCUGACCCUUUGUGGACAGAUUGUCGAGAAUUGGCAGGGGAACCCCAUCCAGAAGGAGUCUUUACGUGUCUUCUUCCUGGUGCUCCAGGUGACACACUACCUGGAUGCAGGGCAGGUAAAGAGCGUGAAGCCAUGCCUGAAGCAGCUGCAGCAGUGUAUUCAGACCAUCUCCACAUUGCAUGAUGAUGAGAUCUUGCCUAGCAACCCUGCUGACCUCUUCCACUGGCUGCCCAAGGAACACAUGUGUGUGCUUGUCUACCUGGUGACUGUGAUGCACUCCAUGCAGGCUGGCUAUCUAGAGAAGGCGCAGAAGUACACAGACAAAGCACUUAUGCAGCUGGAGAAACUCAAGAUGCUCGACUGCAGCCCCAUCCUGUCGUCCUUCCAAGUGAUCUUGCUUGAACACAUCAUUAUGUGCAGGCUUGUCACAGGACACAAGGCCACUGCACUACAGGAGAUUUCCCAGGUCUGCCAGCUGUGCCAGCAGUCGCCCCGGCUCUUCUCCAACCACGCAGCACAGCUGCACACACUGCUGGGCCUGUACUGUGUCUCCGUCAACUGCAUGGACAACGCAGAAGCUCAGUUCACCACAGCCCUGCGGCUCACCAACCACCAGGAGCUGUGGGCCUUCAUCGUGACCAACCUGGCGAGUGUGUAUAUACGGGAAGGAAAUAGACACCAAGAGGUACUAUACAGCUUGUUGGAGAGGAUCAACCCAGACCACAGCUUCCCUGUCAGCUCUCAUUGCCUUCGAGCAGCAGCUUUCUACGUGCGUGGACUCUUCUCCUUCUUCCAGGGACGCUAUAAUGAGGCCAAGCGAUUUCUGCGAGAAACUCUAAAGAUGUCCAAUGCAGAAGACUUGAACCGGCUCACGGCCUGCUCUCUGGUGCUUUUGGGCCACAUUUUCUAUGUGUUGGGGAACCACAGGGAGAGUAACAACAUGGUGGUACCCGCCAUGCAGCUGGCUAGCAAGAUCCCAGAUAUGUCAGUGCAGCUGUGGUCAUCGGCCCUGCUGAGAGACUUGAACAAAGCCUGUGGGAAUGCCAUAGAUGCCCAUGAAGCUGCCCAGAUGCACCAGAACUUCUCGCAGCAGCUGCUCCAGGACCACAUUGAGGCCUGCAGCCUCCCCGAGCAUAACCUUAUCACGUGGACAGAUGGCCCGCCGCCUGUGCAGUUUCAAGCUCAGAAUGGACCCAAUACCAGCCUGGCCAGCCUCCUGUGAGGCCCCUGGAGGGGGCCACCCAGCUUCUCAAGGCCUCCGGGGGGCCCAGUGUGUCCCUGACUUCCACCCAGAUGGCACUUGUGCUUUCCUCUGAGGUGUGCUGGCAUGGUGUCCCCAGGCUUCUUUCCCAAGUGUCUCUAGAGCUUCCAAGUCCCAGGGGAGUGUGCAGGGCCAAUUCCUACCCUCCCAGGAAGGGCUGGGCAGCAUUACCACUGUGAACCAGGACCCUGGUGCUGAGGCAUAUAGAUGGAAUGUUGGAGCUGACUUUCCAGAGCCAUCUUUUAAAGUGGACUUGAACUGCCAGUCCUGCUACACAUCCAAGUCACCUUCCUGGGACCUUGUCUGGAUGCAGAGUGGCAGGGUGGGUGACAAUGCUGGAGCGUUGCCACGUGACUUCCAUUGCCCGGGCUUCUGUGCCAGGUUGGAGUGUUUCCUCUGAUCUCAUGGCAGCUUCUAGAGCUCAGAGGCGAGAUAACAGUUUUGGCCCAAAAUUGUAAAGAAGUGAUAGUGCACAUCAGGGACAAAAAUGCAUGUCCUACUAUGCUUUUCUCAGCUUGCCUUUAUCUGCAGUGUCCAUCCUGAUAGCUAGGGCUUCUGGUCAGGGACCCUGGGGGCCCAGGAACUCGCCUUCCAAACAUCUGCACCUUGACUAGAUCACUGUCUGGCCAUGGGGAUACACAUUGCUGUAGACAUGGGUAUGCAUGUGUGUGUGUGCAUGUGCAGUAGACACGUGUGUGUGUGUGUGCCCUCACGCACAUGUGGGCACAGAGUGUGUGUGUGUGCUGUAGGCACAGGUGUGCAUUGUGUGUGUACAUGUGAUUAUCAAAGCCAGAGCUGAGACUCCUGUGUUUACACCAGCUGCCUUCCUUGGUCAGCAUCCAUAUUGUGGGGUAGGAAGCAGGAGAGAGGACCCUCCUCAGCCCAACUCAGGGUGCCAACCAAAGGGGCUGGGACAGCUCUUUGGCUUCCUUUGCAGAGGAUGUUUGCAGAUGACUGGAGCUUAGCCCACCCUGCCCUCGGGAGGGAGAAGACCUACUUAACCUGCCUUGGGUCUCGACAGCAUUGAAACCUUUUCCUGAGCUGGACCCCAGGAGCUUCUGCCGCGUCCAGGCAGCAUACUCAGUUCUGUGUUGCUCUUGGAUAAUCUAGAGAUGUCCCAGUGGUGAUGGUGGGCUUGGGGGCAGUUGAGGCAGCUGCCCCCUCCAGCUUCUGGUGGCUGGGAGCGGCCCCCUGCCAAGGAAUGAUGAGUGGUUUUGCUAGUCAGCGUGGCUUGUUGGUUUGAGUCUUGUUAACCUUGCACUGUGAAGGCUGCUUCUCGAGGCCACAGUGUCUGUGAUGGAGGGAUCGCUGGGGUCUGGGAUCAUUCAGGUAGCUCCUUGCACCCUGACCUUGGGUGUGCCUUAGUCAAAGCAGGAUUGUCAGCAGAUUACCCUGUGCUGGGCCACUGCCCUCACCAGGCCUGAGGCAGGCCCUGCUGCCCACUUAGGGGCCAGUGACAGGCACACAAGUGAGCCACAAGUCAGGACAGGACCCACCAUCCUGUGUCACCCAGGAGAAUCUGGCCAUAUCUGGGGCUGCUGCAUCUGCUGACACCCUGGUCUUGUAAGGACUGUGGAGGAGGGUGUAAGCCCAGCCACAAGCUGUCACCAUUGAGUCUUCCUCUUCCAUCAAGGGUGCCCCCAAGGCCUUUCCCUCUAUACCAAGGGAUAGCACUCCCAUCUUGCUGUAAACUAUAUCUACCAGCCUGAAUCUCACUGUCUGACCUCUCCAGACCCACAUUACUUCAAUCACACUGCACAUUAUGUUUGUGUAUUUAUUUAAGCCUUUCUUUGCUUCUAGGGCAUUUUGUAUGUAGAGCAGUUGAAAUAAGAACCUCAAAGCUUAACGUCUGUCCUGAUGUUAAAGUGCUUUUAGUGACCAUUCUGUUAUCUGUGUAUGUGUAUGGUUAGGAUAAGUUCUUAAGUUUACAUUAAAAAAUUUAGUACUCAAUAUUUAAUAUUCCACUUUAGCUUUAUGAAAACCAAACCAUGUGUAUGGUUUUGAACCUCCCUUUUACCACAGCAUCUACCAAUUACAUCAAGCUGCCAUACAUACCUUCCUGUGAGUCCACAUUCAGUACUUAAUAAUUUCUCAUAAGAAUUUAAAAUAGGCAGCAAGCAAGCCAACAGGGAGAUGUUGCAUAAGUGUCAUACUGAUAAGUGUUUAGAAAAAGCAGGUAACUCCAAACUCUUCAAAUUACAGGGCAUGAAGUAGUAGCAAGGUUCCUGUUGGCAGGUCAGUCGCUGAAAGCUGGUCAGACCCUUGUGUGCUCUUCCCGCCUCUCCCUGUUAGCAGAAGACCCUGGCCUGCAGAUGCCCACAGUCAUGGGGAGGGUCCUCUCCCUGGGGGUAAGCAUUCCCUAUCCCACUAACUGGGAGCACAGGCAAGGAAAUUGGGUAAAGGCAUCCUGGCAUGAUGGAUAUGCUUGUGGUUACAUUGUCUCUUUGUUUUGUUAAAAGGUUUUUAAUUAAGUAUGUUUGGCACAAUGUCUUUUAACGGGUUUGUAAUAUGAUUUUAGCAGCCUGUAAUUUCAGCUGGUGCUUUUAAUCAGGAAAAACUUACAAAUGCAAAACAUUGUUUAAAAGACAUAACCAUAGAAGAUAGCUCCUUGUUUGUGGAUAUUUUUCCUUUGUAUUUGAAGUAAAAACACUUGCAAUAGCUAUCACUUGCUAUAGUCUUGUUCUGCCUUCUCUUCCUCUCCUGUUGCAAACCUGAUGAGCUCUUUCCUGCCCCACCCAACCAGUGGGGCUGCAGGGAUUUGAGCUAACCAACAAGGCAUGAGGAUGCAGAGCUUGAAAGACCUGGUGGUAACUUGAGUCUUCCUCUCUGUUGACGACGUUCCUCUGGUCCAGCCCUGCUUGGAAGGCAAGGAACCCCUAAGACAUCCCACACAAGGCCUGAAGCACUGUCUGUUCCUCCCUGGCUCUCAACAAGACUUCAUACACCCUGAGUUUUUGUGGGCUUUUUUUUUUGGGGGGGGUGUUUCCCAGAUUUUUUCUUUCUGAAGUGAAAGACACAAAAUCAACCAUUUAAUGUAUAGAAUUCAAUGGUAUUAAAUACAUUCACAAUGUUGUACAACAGUACCUCUUUAUAGUCUUAGAACUUUUCCAUCAUCCCAAAGAGACCCUCCAUUCCAUUAAUAAUCAAUCCCUAUUCCUUCUCUCCUACCCCUGACCACCACUAAUCAAUUGGCUUUCUGCAUUGGAUUUGCCUGUUCUGGACAUUUCAUGUAGAUAGGAUCAUAUACUAUAUGUCCUUUUGUGUCUGGCUUCCCUGACUUAGCAUCUUUUCCAGGUUUAUUCAUGUUGCAAUGUACCAGUACUUCAUUCCUUUUU